CGGGGCCAAACUAUUCUUUAGAUGUGCAGCAUGUAUGCUUCCUUUUCCUAACUUCACACGACCUUCACCAAAGUUCUAUAAACCUCCGUGCAUGCCCGAAAUAUGAGCAGCGACGAUCAACUGGCCGAAGCUUCAGCUGGGAAAGUGUUACACUUUCGUUUCUGUUAUAUUUGAACUCAUUCUCCGUCACAGCAGUUAGAGAAAUGUUUCCCUGGGGUUUGGCUGCCUUGUAUACACGGUAGUACUGUUGUCUGCAAAUUCAUCACAGGGCCAUUUCUUUUUCAACAAAAACUCAAAUUUUGGAAGCUGAAUUUUACGGCCAUUUUAAUAGUGGGCGUUGGGAUUACUCAUACUACGUCACAGAAAGCCAGCCAUACAUUGAAAACAAUUGAGGAAGAAGAGCAGCGCGCAGCUGAUGGCAGCUGACAUCUCGGGGCAGCAGUGAGCCAUCGCGGAAGCAACUGCGGACUUCCUCUCAGCAUGGUUACCACGCACUGCAGCUGGCGUACACUGGAGGAAUGGAGAGGAAUGAAGCUGCCUUUAUCAACAGCUAGCAACGAGGCUAGUCGAAUGUUUGAUGCAUCGCUUACACAGUUUGUAGGCUACUGGGAAGAUGCCAGUGUUGGUGGUAUCAGUACCACAUUGCCCAAAAUGUUGCAAGCUGACCCAGACUUUGUCAUGGGGUAUGUGCUGACAAACAGCCUUCAUCUUUAUGGUGGUGGGGCAUCUGUCCAUAAUAAUCCAGACCUAAAGGAAUCUGUCAGAAAAAUGUCGACGCUUUGUGACAGACAAGUAAACUUAUCAGUAAGGGAGAAGAAGCAUGUGAAGGCUGUCCAACUGUUAGCAGAUGGCUAUAUUGUGGAUGCCUGCAAUGUUUGGGAAGACAUUCUGCUGGAACAUCCAGGGGACAUUUUAGCCCUCAAGUGCGCAUAUCUGGGCUAUAUUUAUCUUGGAGAUUCUGCCCAGCUCAGGGAUAGUGUUGCACGGAUUCUGCCCCACUGGAAGACCAGCAGUCCAUAUUAUGGGUUUCUUCUUGGCAUGCAUGCAUUUGGCUUGGAGGAAACCAACAUGUAUGAACGAGCAGAGAAACAAGCAAGGAAGGCAUUGGAGCUCAACAGGCAUGACUGUUGGUCCACCCACACUUUGAGCCAUGUGCUGGAGAUGACUGGGCGGCAGGAUCAGGGCAUUGAAUUUCUGACAUCUACUGUUUCUGACUGGGAGGGUGGUAAAUCUCUUGCUUGCCAUAACUACUGGCACCUGGCACUGCAUCAUAUUGAGAAGGGUCAGUACCAAGAAGCUGUGGAUAUAUUUGAUUCUCAGGUAGCAGUCCGCACCAAUAAGCAUAAAGAUCUUUUUAAUAUCCAAGACUCCUGUUCACUACUGCUUCGACUAGAGUUGGAAGGUGUGGAUGUGAGCAAUCGCUGGGAGGAAAUCUUUGAGCUAUGUCGGCCACAUCUGGAUGAUCAUAUCCUAGCAUUCAAUGAAGCACAUCUGAUGAUGGGGUGUCUUGGUGUUGGCAAACUUGACAUAGCCCAUAAGAUGUUGGAUUCUAUAGAGGAGUUUGUGAAAUCUGGAUGGGGUACUUCUCAUGAUGUUAUGGCCUGUGUUGGAUUGAAGGUGUGUCAGGCACUGGUUUCCUUUAGAGAGGGAGACUUUGCUAAUGUUGUGGAUCUGCUGCACCCACUGCGAUACAAAAUCUUUGUCAUUGGUGGCAGUAAUGCUCAGCGUGAUGUCUUCAAUUUACUUCUGAUUCAUGCGGCACUGAAGUCCCCACGAGUGGAGCACCACCGAAUUGCCAGGUCCAUGCUAGCAGAAAGGAAAGCUUUGAAAGAAAAUUCUCCCCUCACAGAUCGACUUCUUGGUAAAGUGGUGGCAUUGCAUUGGGGUUGAGAAGAUUGGGUAGGAGAUGGACAGGUGAACAUGCAUAUUUUGCAGAUUGUUGUGCAUGACAGAAACUUUGCUUUAAAUUGAGUGGAUCUGAAACUGAGCAUUUUUAAAGAAAAGUAUUGCUGGGGGAAGUGCACAGUGUGCUGCAUGUGGACGUUAUGGUGGGAAGCAGUUUUCAGGCUUCAGGGCAUCUUUCUGCACAAGUCAAAUUUUUGAUGAUGUUAGAUCCAUUUUUGGAUUCAGCUGAGCAUAGACAGGUGUGAAAACCUCUAUCCAGCCAUGCAGGUAGAUUCCUUAGGCUCCAUCUCCUUUACCUUACCAUGAUCAAAGUAAAGAACUUUCUAAACUUACACACCCAACCAGAGAAUUUGUAAAUUAACUUUUUUCACUUUAUAUUGCUUGGUAGCUGUUUUACCCAUUGUCUUUCUUUAAGUUUAUUGUUACAAAUACAAUACACUACUUAGUAAAACAAAAAAAAAAAAAAAAAUACUCCCUAUCAAUAUUUUGACUUUUUUGAAUCAUUCAUUUCAUUAUUCAAAGUUUUUAUUCCUUUUGAAAGGAAACCACAUAUUUUAUUUGAAAAUUUCCAUAAAUUGAAAAAUUUCAUAAGCAUAUCUUUUUGUAUUUGAAUCUUUAAAAGUAGGGAAAUGUGCUAUAAAAUUAUAAAUAUAUGUCUUGAUAGCAGUAUGCCAUGUGUUCACUGCAGGCACAUGUGCUUUUGCAUCCUAGAAAAAUCCACUGGAAGCUGCUAAAACUCUUUCCCUCAACAAGUGUAGGAGAGGAAGAGAUGAAGGGAUAUUUUUGUUGUUGAGGACUUGGAGCUUAAAGAUGUAAUAUAUUGUGAUCAUUCUGCAGCAUGCAUUCUAAUUUGCUCCAAGCCAGACAAUCUGAAGUUUUUGCAGCUCCUCAUAAAAUAUUAAACCUGUGCAUUAAACAGAUGUUUAAAUUGUUUUGUGCUGAAACACAUCUUUAUAUUUCUUAAAUUUAUAAUGUUGUGAUAUAUUGUUUACAUGUAUGUGUAUAAAAAGUUCUUUUUUAUCGUAAAUUCUAAACUUGCACAUGAGUUGAAAUUUUAUUAUUGUUAUAGUUAAAAUGGUGUCUUAAUUUUGACACGUGAUCUCGUGAGACUUUUUUGUCUCUUUUGACAAGAGCCAAGCCAGCCAGUUGCAAGGAUCAACUAGCAGAACAUAAAUUAGCAUGUCAGAACUUUGUUCCCACCCUGUUUCUAGUUCUAUGUUUAAGCCAGGGCUUGAAAUUACCUUUCUAGUUAAGAACAAAACUGUAACUCUGGAAAGAUUUGGUAAAUUUAAACAUGAAUUAACCCUCAUGAAGAUGUCUUGUGGGAUUGUGUAAAGGAUUUCGUGUGUAGAAUUCUUUUUUUAUUGACAAGUACAUGGAUGGACUGAGACAGCACUGAUCUCUCAUGACAGGCAGAUUCUGGGAAAUUAAGUCAUGUGACAAAGUCAGCUCAUUUGAAUUGUACAUAUCAAACCCGUCCCAGUUUUGGUUAUUGCUGUUCAGAGCAUUGUUCUGUGGAAGUUUGGUGUCUAAAGCUUUUAAUGUAUUGAUAAUUGGGGUCUUUAUUGAGCUUAUUAAACAUUUGUAACACCUUUUUAA